AUGGAUCCUAAUUCAAACUCUAUCCAGAAAGGAUUAUUUUACUUUUUAUUGGUUUGUGUUUUUCUGAUCCAUCAAGUGUGUAUUUUGUGGGCAGUGAAUUUAACUCACGAGCAUGAUCUUAAAAACGGGAGCAGCAGCAGGAUAAUGCUGGCGAAAUGGGAGACCCGUUCCCAAGCUGAGCAGGUAGGACAGCUAUCAAAUACUGCAUUUGAUCCAAAAGAAGCAUGGACUCCCCCACACAGAUCCAAGGCGAGCACAGAUCCUUGUAUGUUUCCAUGCCUGAAUGGAGAUCAAUGUCUCUAUCCAGACUUCUGCAACUGUUCUUUCUAUCAGGCUACUGGAUCACAUUGCCAAACAGUUCCAAAUACAGGGUUGGAGAGAGAGAUGGCAUGUCGAUCAUGGGGGCAAUACAAUUAUGAGACGUUUGAUGGCCUUUACUACUACUUCCCUGGCAAGUGCAGCUACACACUUCUGAAAGAUUGUGAGGACAACACAAAGCCAAGUGUAUUUAUACAGGUUCAUAAUGAUCCAGAAUGUCAUUCUAAUCCGUACUCCUGCAGACGAUCAGUAAGCCUCUUCUUGCCAUGGGAAGGCGAGAUUAGGUUACAAGGAUUCAAUGUUACAUUUAAAGGUCAAAGCCUACAGCUCCCUCAUAAUCUUCAUGAUAUUGAGCUGGAGAGAAUCUCUGACUACAUCCUGGUAUCACAGCACCAGGUUUUCAUGCUGGCAUGGCAGGGUGUUAGCAGCUCCAUCUAUAUUAAAAUGAGUCCAGAAUUUGUUGGUCGCACCUGUGGACUAUGUGGCAAUUUCAAUGCAGAUGUUCAGGAUGAUCUAAAAACCAGCUAUGGUGUGUUAACGGAGAAUCUUGCCAUGUUUGGGAACAGCUGGAUGGAGGAGGAUCCACAGCUUACAUGUCAGAUGGUGCCAUCUCCCUUCCUAUUUCCCUGUUCUGUACAAGAAGCCUAUAAUUUGCUGAAAGUGGAGAAGGUGUGUACAUCUUUACUGAAAGUUCCAUUUAAAUCCUGCCACGAAUUUGUCAAUCCGUAUUCAUACAUUGCCAGCUGCUCUAAUGACCUUUGCCUGUCCGGUUCCAGUGGUGAUAUAGUUUGCCAGGUGUUCACCGAGUAUACAAGAGCAUGUGCUCAUGCUGGACACCCAUUACACAACUGGAGAUCACAUUUUCCUCUAUGUGGGAUUGAAUGCCCUGCAGACCUUCUUUACAGGGAGUGCAUCACAUGUUGUCCUGUGCACUGCAAUUUUGAACACAUCUGCAUUGACAGCAAACUACAGUGUUUGGAUGGCUGCUACUGUCCAGAUGGUCUAAUUUAUGAAGAUGGCAUAUGCGUGAAGCCAUCUGAAUGUCCUUGUGAACACCGGGGUAUGCUGUAUCCCUCAGGACACUCUAUACAGGAGGAGUGCAACAACUGCACAUGUGCUGGGGGUGUGUGGAACUGCACAGAGCACAGCUGCCCAGGGGAGUGUUCGGUUACAGGAGACAUGUAUUUCCAAUCUUUUGAUGGUCGUGUGUACACCUUCCCAGCUACAUGUCAGUAUGUUUUAGCCAAAAGCCGAAGCCCAGGCCGGUUCAUUGUGACAAUACAUAAUACGCCAUGUGGACCUAAUCUGGAUGGGGCUUGUAUUCAGUCAGUGAACCUGGUCUUAAAUGAGGAUCCUCGCACUGAGAUCAUGCUUAGCCAUAAUGGGGAGGUGUACAUGGCAAGCCAGAUCCGUAUCUCUCUACCAUAUUCAGAUGAGAUGUUUCAGAUCCAGGAGCUGUCAUCCAUGUUUGUCCAGGUAAAGACAGUCCACGGCUUAAGGCUACAGUACAACUGGAAAGAGUUCCAACUCUACUUACAGCUUGGUGAACUGUGGAGGGAUGACACAGUGGGAUUAUGUGGUACCUUUAAUGGCAACAUACAGGAUGACUUUCUUGCACCCUCUGGCAUGAUAGAGAGCUCUCCAAACUUGUUUGGGAAUGCGUGGCGCUUGUCAUCAGCCUGCAUGCCACGACCCAGCCUGCCUCAGCUGGAUCCGUGUGAUAUUCAUCAGCAAGCUGCAUCCUAUGCUGUGGAGAAGUGUGAUGUCUUGAUGCAAGAGAUAUUUGCUGUGUGUCAUGAGCAUGUGAGUCCCAUGGCCUUCCUGCUGCAGUGCCGUGCAGAUGUGUGCAGGUGUGGAGUGGCGUGUCUUUGUUCUGCUCUUGCCCAUUAUACACGCACCUGUAGGAAGCACAAUAUUAUCAUUGAGUUCCGCUCACGUGUGCCUGAAUGUGGUGUAACUUGUCCACCAACAAUGGAAUAUGGAGUGUGUGUGUCAUCUUGUGAACGGCACUGCCUCUCUCUGUCACUGCCACAGAUUUGUGGAGAUGAGUGUGAAGAGGGUUGUGUGUGUCCUCUAGGAACAUAUUAUAGCAUGCGCACACAGACCUGUGUUAAAAGGAGUGAAUGUCCAUGUUCCUUUCUGGGAGCUGAUUACUCUCCUGGAGAUGUGAUUCUGACAUCAUCAGAUAUACAAAUUUGUCAAGAUGGAAAACUUGUCUCACAAAGCAUUAUUACUGAUAAACUAUGCCCUCCAGGGCAGGUUUAUGAGGACUGUGGGAAUAUGGUGGAAGGUCUUUCAGCUAGUAAAGGUUUGGCUUGUGUCCACACAUGUGAGUCAUACCUGCUUAAUAUGACCUGCUCCAGCCAUGAGCCCUGUGUACCCGGCUGCAUCUGUCCACCUGGACUUUUAAAACAUGGUGAUGAAUGUUUUGAGCCUGUUGCAUGUCCAUGCUUAUGGAAGGGUAAAGAGUAUUACCCAGGGGAUAGAGUUUCCUCACCUUGCCACCAGUGUGUGUGUCAACAUGGUUCAUUCCAGUGUGACUUUUAUCCAUGUGCAUCAAUGUGCACUGCAUAUGGAGACCGUCACUACCGUACAUUUGAUGGAUUGUUAUUUGACUACAUUGGAGGCUGCAAAGUUUACCUGUUAAAGACCUCAGGUGAUGUAUCAAUUAGUGUUACAGCCGAGAAUGUGGACUGCUUCGAAAGUGGUUCAAUUUGUAGAAAAUCCCCACUAAUAUCCAUUGGAAAGUCAGUCAUUGUUUUUGACAAUGAAAGUGGCAAACCUAAUCCAUCCAGCAUAAUUGACAGACAAAGUGUGUAUAUCUUGAAUGCUGGCUACUUUACCAUUAUUCAUCUAACACAGUAUGAGAUUUCAGUGCUCUGGGACAGAAAAACCACAAUCCACAUUCAAGCUGGACCACGGUGGCAGGGUAAACUAUCUGGUCUAUGUGGGAAUUUUGAUCUGAAGACAGUAAAUGAAAUGAAAACCCCAGAUAACAUGGACUUAUCAACACCGCAGGAGUUUGGCAACAGCUGGACAGCAACAGAGUGUAUUGAAAGUCCUGAUAUAAGGCAUCCAUGCAUUUUAAAUCCAAUCCGAGAACCUUUUGCCAAAAGGCAGUGUGGAAUUCUUCUCAGUGAAGUAUUCCAAGCCUGUCAUCCAGUGGUUGAUGUGACAUGGUAUUAUAUGAACUGUUUGAUGGAUACGUGUAGCUGCAGUCGUGGAGGUGACUGUGAGUGUUUCUGUACGAGUUUGGCAACAUAUGCUCACAGAUGCUGCCAACAUGGAAUUUCUAUUGAUUGGCGCUCACCCUCCUUAUGCCCAUAUGACUGUGAAUACUAUAACAAAGUCCUAGGUAAAGGUCCAUUUAGGUUGCUGACCUAUAAAGAAAAGAAUUUGCUAUUGGCGGCCAAUCGGACAAGUGGAUUUGUGUCUUUGAGGAGGAGAGUGUCCAGCACUGAUGGUGUUGUGACUCUGUUCAUGAUGACUCCUGGACUCAGUAAAACCCGACCACAUGAUUCAUCGUUAGUAUCAUUUGAAGCAGCAGACAGGCCAAAUUAUUUCCUCCAUGCAGAGCGCAGUGGCUACUUAAGAUUGCGCAAGUGGGAAAACAGCAGAGAAUUUUGUGAUGCAGCAACAUUUAUCCUGCAUAGGGACACCUGGAUCACUGGCUUUGAUUCAUUAGAAUCACUUAAGUGGCCUGGAUUCUUUCUAUACUACAUAUUGUAUAAACUGCAACUUCUGAAAUACAAUCAUUCAGCUCACUACCGCAGAGCCACCCUGUUUAAACUUGCUGGUAGCAGUACUGGUGACUCAAUAAUUCCUCAGUGCCAAUGGCGAUAUGAAUCUUGCACAAGUCCGUGUUUUAGGACAUGUAGUGAUCCAAAUGCUCUGAGCUGUGUUACCACCCUAAAAGUUGAGGGAUGUCUGCCCCAGUGUCCAGCUCAUAUGGUCAUGGAUGAGAUGACUCAACGAUGUGUCUAUCUGGAAGACUGUAAUAUGGCCCCAGUUAAACUUCCAGAAUUAAAUUUGACACCUACUGCUGUCACUUCUUCCACUCUGGCCACAGUAACGCUCUUCACAGCAUCAGAAGCACUUAAUAUCAGUCAAACAAAGACUUCCCCUCUAAAGCCUAGAAGCACUGCUUCCACAACUGUUAGUACACACAGUUUAACCCUGUUGUCUACACCUAACACUACCUCUACUACCCCAUUGUCAGACCAAUUAAUUAAGACAUCUUCAUUCCCUCCUAAGUCACUGGCUUCUACUCCUAAAACUGUUACAGUACCUACUACUAAUGUUUUUACUCCCAAUAUCACAAAUAGGACAAUGACCACAAUGACAACAAUAACACCAUCACUUUACAUUAGUACAAAUUUCUCUGGGGCCACAAGCAAGCACAUUUCCACCACCUUAACCAAAUUGUUCACUAAAAUAAGUACUCCCUCCUCUAUAUUAGCAUUAACCUUUGGUGGCACCACUGAGAACACCUCAGGAACCCUCAGAGUACCUCCAGGUACUCCAGAACCUACUAUAUUUUCCAAAACAUCCACAGUUAGAACUACAAAACUUUCUGAAAUUUCUACACCCAGUACAGAGACUGAAUCCUUAACUGUUAAAACAUUCCCAUUAACUAAAUCCCCUGCAUUCGAUUUGAAUACAUCUGCCACUUUGGCACAUUCUAGUGUAUCUAGCCCAUUACAGACCCUCACUGUCAUGCCACCUACAAACACUCCAAGGUAUUCAACAGAGUUUAGCACAGCAAUUAGUGCCUUUAGCACACUAAAAACAACUACAUGGAGUGGCCCCAAAGAACCUUCAUUGGCACACACCAAACAUAAAUCGUUGCCUACUUCAUCAGUUUUGGUGAAAACACCUUUCCCUGUGAAACCUAGAGAGACAACCCAAAUUAUGACAUCUGUUGCUGCAUACCCCAUAUCAAAGCAAACUGUGACCUCCAAAUCAAUAUCCUCAACCCAAAUUACAACAGUGCCUUCAAUGGUCUCCACAAAAGAGGCAGUGGAAACCACAGCAACUACUCCAUUUCAGCCAAUAUCCAUGCUCCACACCACUCAUGCAUCCUGGACUCCUGUUGUCCCACCUUUCGAUGGGACACACAAAACCACCUCUUGGAGAAUAGGCCAAACAACCACAGGGACCCCAACCAUUGAUUCUAUUGCUCCAAUCCUCUCUGAAAGCACAACUAAAGCUGUAUUGCCCACUAUAACGACAAGCCUCCCAGUUCCAUUUCUAACCACGCACAGACGAGUCCUUCCUUCAGCUUUAGCACAUGUAAUCUCAACAUUACCACCUUCAUAUAUAUUGCCCAUACACAUGACAACCCAAAUAACUUCUCCAGUGGUAAGCAGUGGUCCUCUCACUAAAAUUACCACAGAUAGUUCAACAAAGUCACAUUUGGAUCCUCUUUUUUACUCAUCCCCAACUUCCGUUCGUCUCUCAGAGACUGGCACUUUAAAGACACAACCUUCUACUUCAACUUCCACAAUACCAGACGAAAUCAAUAUUAAAACAACAAUUCAGAUGUAUAUGCCUGCAGUUACUACGGAUACUCCUGAUUCCACAGUGUCAGCUCAAACAGAGUUGGAAGGUUUAGCUGAGGCUUACUCAUCAACCACAUCAACCACUCGUGAACCUUCAUUCACUUCUUACUCGCCAACAAUCAGCUUGGUGCCCCUCCAUCCCAAAAUGGAGACAACUCAGUUCAUCCCUCACACUGAUAAAUCUGAAUUAUCCACUAAUAAAUCCAUUCAUCCAUGGUUACAUACACAGUCCACUUCCAGUCCCAGAAUGACUUCACCCCCAGAGAAAAUGGCAACAGUAGUAAUUCCCAAAAUUAUCACAACUGAUUCUCCAACCAUGCAUAAAACAUCCAGGAUCACCAUGACAACACACAUUCCUUCUUCAGUAGUCACAGAAAGGCCAACAACAAUUACAUCCUCAGAGAAAAUGUUAGCUACUACUGUUUCUUUGGAGAAGGCAACAACUGUUUUUCAAACUAACUCUUUAAGUUCACUGACCUUUUCAAGCAGUCCUAGUACUAAUACACCAAUUCAAAAGACUGAAAACAGAACUGCAGUGGGCCUUGCUACAGGACUGGUCAGUACAAGAAAAUCAAUCACUGAUUCCAUGGCAUCACAUGAUAAAACUACAGCUUCUGCAAGAACAGUCUCUUCUACAAGGUCACAAUCAGAUUGGCAACGUGUGGAUGAGAUUAUAUCAGAAACAGACAUGACCACAGAACAGCUACCAUUACCAGACAGGUCUCAUCCUUCUAGCCCGACAUCACUAAUCAUGACAAGCACUUCUUACAUAACACAAACAAAGCACUGGAUAACCCCAACAGAGAAGUUUCUUAAUUUAACUUCUACAGUUUUGUCCACUUCAAGAAAGGAUGUCAGUCCCAGCAAAGUCUGCACUCCUCCAUACUCUGUGGUGGUAGAUGAAUGCACUAAGCUCAUCUGUGUGAAUGGUCAGCUGGUCUUGUUUAAUAAGUCCCAGAGCUGCCCCUAUGACUCCAGCCCUCCAAACUGUGGUCUACUGGGCUUUGCGGUGCUGGUCAAUGGAGACAAAUGCUGCCCAAAAUGGAACUGUCCAUGUCGCUGUUCAGUGUUUCCAGACAUAAAUGUUGUUACAUUUGAUGGUAACAAUGUAGCACUUUACAAAGCAGCAGCAUAUGUGGUGACACAACUCAUGAAUGAAACCAUCACUAUCUUUGUGCAGGAGUGCAACAGCUCAGACAGCACACUUGUCUGGAACUUUACUCACUUGUGCUUGGCAAUUCUAAACAUUACGCAUGACUCCAACCAGGUGCUCAUUAAUCGAUUGCAAAGACAGGUAUAUGUCAACUCUAGGUAUGUAAAGCCACGUUUAAAAAAAUAUGGUUUUAAGGUUUUAGAUACAGGUAACAUGUAUCUAAUUUGGACUCCUGCUGGCCUGAAAAUCCAGUGGUUUCACAGCACAGGCAUGAUGGUAAUUGAAACAGAGACUAAUGACAACAAGGUCUCCACCAUGGGGUUGUGUGGUUGUUGUGAUGGUAAUUCACUAAAUGAUUUGAUUUUACCUAAUGGUACUGUAGUGGAUGAUCAUGAAGAUCCAGCUGUUUUCAUUGAUAGCUGGCAGAUUCCCAACACCACAAUUUAUGUUAGCCAGAGUAGGAGGCGGAAAGUUAAUUGCUCUACAAGCGACUGUUCUGACUGCCUCAACAUGCUCAACAACCUCACUUUCACUGCCUGUCAUUCUUAUGUUCCGCCAGCUGUAUUUUGUGAAAUAUGGGUACGCGAUGCAGAAUAUGUGAAUAACCCUUGCGUGGCUCUUGCUGCAUAUGUUGCCUCCUGCCACAAAUUCAACAUCUGUAUAGAGUGGAGAAGCCCAGAAUACUGCCCAUUUGUGUGUCCUGGGACAUUGCAAUACCAGGCAUGUCUGCCUGCUUGCACAGCUCCUUCAUGUCCUAAUAAGGAGAUGGAGUAUGAUGCAGUACAGUGUUCGGGCAUUUCUGAGGGAUGUAUAUGUUCAGAGGGAACUUUACUACAUCGACCAUACUCUGCCCUCUGCGUCUCGCCUGUAAUGUGUGCCUGUACUGACAGUUUUGGAUCUCCCCGUGCCUUGGGUGAGAUUUGGAAGGCAUCUGUGAAUGGAUGCUGUAUGUAUCGGUGUGAAAGUGAUGGCAUUGUGCCUGUAGAGUUUGAGUGCAGUGACAUUCCUCAGCCAGUCUGCACACGAGCAGGUGAGAUCAGCAUUAGCCUGACAGAUGACAACAGCUGCUGCAUCCAAAGAGUCUGUGUGUGUAAUCAAAGUGCAUGUGAGACCACUUUGAUAGACUGUAAAAUUGGACAGAGGAUGGUGUCAUACUUCCGAAAUGAUUCAUGUUGUCCAGAAUAUACAUGCGAAUGUGAUCCUGACCAGUGUGUGCUGGAUGUCCCUGUGUGCCGAGAGGAUCAGACACUAAUUGCCACUCGCACUGAAGGAAGCUGCUGCCUUGCACACAUUUGCAAGCCAAUUCCAGAGUGUACAGACGGAGAGAUGCUUACUGUGGAUACAAAUAGUACAGAUCGCUGCUGCCCCAUAUAUCACUGCUUGUGUGAGCCUUCCAGGUGUUCAGUCAUUGCAUGUCCAGUAGGAAUGGUUGCUGUCUCUACGAUGGUUCCAGGACAGUGUUGUCCAUCACAGGAAUGCAAAUGUGCAUGUGAGAGAAUCCCUCAGCCUAAUUGUGCCCUGGGUGAGAAAUUGAAAUUAGACAGAGCAUUUAUGGCAGACCCUGAGAAUCACUGUGGCUGUAAACGUUACCAAUGUGAGAGAAGUGCAGUGUGUGUCGAUGGUAAGAGGGGAGUAAUGAGACCAGGACAAACUUUGAUGGAGCACAGUGCUUUGGGAGUCUGUUAUACCACAAGAUGCACGCAAAAAUUUAACUCUGCCACUGGGUUCUAUGUCAUAGAAGCAACAAGUAUUAACUGUACUGCACAAUGUCAGCCAAACCAGGUUUACAUGCCCCCUAAAGAUCAGAGUGCCUGUUGUGGAGUGUGUAAAAAUGUAUCUUGUAUCUACCACAGUGACAACGGAUCUCUAGCUUUGUACAAGCCUGGAAGGAGCUGGGUGUCUUCCUGCAUGCGCUAUGACUGUACAGAGACAGAGUCUGGAUCUGUACUGGUGUCCUACUCCUAUAGCUGCCCUCCCUUUAAUGAAACAGAGUGCAUGAAGAUUGGAGGCACAGUGAUGACAUACAUGGAUGGAUGCUGCAAAACAUGCACUGGACAUUCAAUCUUCCCCUUUCCUGUUAACACACUGAAACCCACCAUUAGUACUAAGUGUGACAGAGGUAAAGAAGAUGGCAAAUCAUGUCAGAAAGUCACUGUGCGGAUGACAAUAAGGAAAAAUGACUGCCGUAGCAACAGACCUGUGAACAUAGUGUCAUGUGAUGGCAAGUGCCCUUCAGCAAGUAUUUACAACUACAACAUCAAUACUUAUGCACGGUUUUGUAAAUGCUGUAGGGAGUUGGGCCUUCAGCGGCGCUCUGUCCAGCUCUACUGCAGUGGCAACGCCACAUGGGUGAACUACUCAAUCCAGGAACCUACAGACUGCUCCUGCCAGUGGUCUUAAACCACACACAUACACACACACAAAACACAACACAUGUUUGCCUCAAAUGGAAAUGUCAGCUUCAAGUAUGCUUAUACUCUAGAGAAACAAAGGGCAUUCUAACACUGGAUAAAAAUGUAUACUGUUGCAACUGGAACAGUGAAAUUGUUCACUGAACUUGAAUAUAUUUUUUACAGAAUUGUUGUGUUUAUCUUUAGUUCUGUCACAUUGGAAAACAUUAAGGAAUGUGCACAGCUGAAUAUGUCUUUGCUCAUGGCUGGUACAUUUUCCUUUCUGAAUUUGAUGUUAAAGGUUUAA